GGACGACUCAGGGGAAAUCUAGACUUGCUCCAUUUAGGACUUGCAGCGAGGGCUUGGCAGUCGGGAAAAUAAUGUGGUUCAGGGACUGUGACAGUCUAGGGGGAUUCCCUUUCAAUUGUCAACGCGGUCCUCGCUGGUCAAAAGGCCUGUUUGUUGGGUCACCGUGGAUGAACUAGGGUCACCGAAGCUAAUUGGCAUUCGGUGAUAACGUGGAACAAUUAAAACCACUAGCUUGACAAGUGAGAGUAAUAAUUAUGGCUCUUGUUUACAUGUGUUCGGUUCUCUACCCGUGUUAGUCAUAUAUUGAGACUUAACAUCCGGGUUUAUGUCACCCGGAUUGAAGGAGCUUGAUCGAGGAGAUCCGAGUCACAUACUUUCUCCAAGAUUAUUGCCCAAGGAUGGUUUAAUGCUGUAAAACAUGUUUCCUGCCCUUGAGGACAGGGUAACUGAGUGCCAAAAUGCCAAAAAUACAGAUGCUUAUAGUGAUAUAUGGAAUAUUCAUACAUGCAGCUGACAAUGCCCGACUUCCUCUUUUGACUUGUUUACCAAGAACAGAUGAAGACCCAUGCCCACCUGACUAUGAAUUAGUUACAUGCACUACAAGCGGGACCCAAGACGGGUGCGUUCCUUGUCCUCCAGGACUCCGCAUGUGCGAUGCUACCACAUCGGAGUUGCCGUCAAAAUGUUACGACCCGAGAGAAGCCUGCUCUGCCGAUGGAGAUAACAGAGUCCAGGUGACUGACCUACCUGGAGGAGGAUGCACAAUAAGGUGCAUCUGUAACGAGAGCGCAGGAUUCUCGGGACCUGACCCUCUACAGUGUCAGUCACAUGACCAGCCAUGUGACCAGAGCAGUUAUCACGAGUUAGAUUCUCACCAUUGUCUGCCUUGUCCCGAGAACCAGCACAACCCCCAUGAUGACGGACUGGACAAGUGUGUGCCACGCUCAACACGGCCUUCCACUGCAGUUAACCCUCAACAAACACUGCUUGUUCCUUCCACAACACCAGCAGCAGCAUCAACGACCACAACAGCUGCAUCUGCCGCUUUGGAUGCAGACAACGACAAUGAUAAUGGCGAUGAUAUGCGAAGCAUAAACUCUCUGACAGACACCCAGAACGACAUUGGCACCAGAUACAUAUGGAUCAUCGGUGUACUGAUUGCUUGCAUCAUCAUCAUCGGAAUUGUGGCUGUCUGGUGUUACUGCAGGCUCAAUGGCAAAACAAAUGCUGAAAUUCUCAAUUGUUUUUGCUGUGUGUUUGCACUUGGUUCCAAUAGGAAUAAUGCAGUGGUUAACCAAGGUGUGCCUAGGUUUAACCAUGAACUGCAGCCUCUUCAAGGAUUGGACACUGAGGCAGAUCAAGAAGAGCGACCAGUUGAUCCCCCGGGGCAGUGUGUUGAUCCUCCGGGGCAACCUGUUGAUCCUCCAGGGCAGCCUGUUGAUCCUCCGGGGCAACCUGUUAACCCUCCAGGACAGCCUGUUGAUGAAGGAACUCUGCCUAAACAAUGGACGCCAGGUCUUCCAAGAUAUACUUCUAAUGAAGACUUACCCUCUGACCACCCUCCACCUUACACUGUAGAACCGAUUAUGCCUGGGGCCAGGGAACUAACCGUGAACUUAGACGACAGUGCCUUGAGUGAUCCUGGUCACAUGACAGGAAGGUCAUGUGCAGCUGGGCCCGAUACAACACAAAGAAAAAUGGAACUUGGGCUCAGUGCAGGUGAAUUUCCAAUCCCCACAAGUCAAGAUGGGCCAUGUGCUAUGACUCGGGGGACUAUUGAGAAAUCACACAAUCGGCCAUUGCUUCAAGGUCCGCUGGAGACGUGUCCGAAGGAAGUUGUGCAAGGACAUGUAGCUGAAGUGUCAGAGACUGAGAAAAAAAUACCAGUCUUAGGUAGAGGUCCAGUUGUAUCACAAAGGAUCACAAAGGAAACACCAGUCUCACCUCAGUCGCAGCCUCAGCUUCAGGCCCAACCCCAGGUCAAAUGCCAAACCCAGGCCCAGGCUCAACCGAAAGUCCAGGCUCAACCCAAAGUCCAGUCUCAGCUGCAGGGCCAACCCCAGAACAGUGUUGUGGACAGUGGGCAUCACAUCCCAGGGUCACGUCCAUCGUUGGGUGGAGAGUCACUCCAUAUGAGCAGCUUCAACUUAGAAUAAAUUCCUACAAUGUAUUAACAGCCAAACUCUCCAGGUUGUAAAGUCAAGGAUUAAAUAGACAUUCAGCAUGAAAUCUGGGUACACAACAGAAUACUGGAUACCUAUCAACCAUGAUGUUAUUAUUUAUAUGAUACAACAGCAUGUGACAGCAUGACUGUUUUCAAAAUGAGGCAGUGAUACUUGAACAGUCCAAAGUAAAUACUGGUUGCAUUUCUAUGUUUAAUAUAACUGAAUCUCAAAACUGAAUAUCAAAGUUAAGUUAUCACAGAUACAAUUCAUCAGUUUCAUCUGUUGCAGACAUAUGUACACAGGAAUUGUUUCAAGUCAUUGUGUGGGGAGCAAGUCCCCAACCUUAUUCUACUGAGAUAGCAUACAAUGUUUGAAACCUUUAACAAGGAUGGAGGCCAAAUAAAAAAAAUGUUGUGGUUC